GCGGGGCCGCGGCGCUCCUUCCAGGGCCUAGUCUGAGGCGGCCGCGCUUCCCGCGUAUUGACUGUGGCAUUCAUUCUAAGUUAUGGGAUUAUUCGACAAGCUAGCCGGCUGGCUUGGCCUGAAGAAAAAGGACGUUCACGUUUUGUGUCUUGGGUUAGACAAUAGUGGCAAAACAACAAUUAUCAACAAGUUGAAGCCAUCUAAUGCUCAAACUCAAGAUAUUGUUCCAACAAUAGGAUUCAGCAUAGAAAAAUUCAAAACAUCAAGUUUGUCAUUCACUGUGUUUGAUAUGUCGGGUCAAGGUAGAUACAGAAAUCUCUGGGAAUACUACUACAAAGAUUGCCAGGCCAUUAUUUUUGUCAUUGAUAGCAGUGACAAACUAAGAAUGGUUGUAGCCAAAGAAGAACUUGAAAAUCUCAUCAGUCAUCCAGAUCUUAAACAUCGACGAAUACCAAUUUUAUUUUUUGCAAACAAGAUGGACCUCAAGAAUGCUGUGUCAUCUGUAAAAAUCUCUCACUUACUGGCCCUGGAGAACAUUAAAGAUAAGCCAUGGCAUAUCUGUGCUAGUGAUGCUCUUAAAGGUGAAGGCUUACAAGAAGGUGUAGACUGGCUUCAAGAUCAGAUCCAAGUAAUGAAGACAUGAAAAAAUAAUAAAAUAAAGCUGUCAUAAAGAUCAUUUGCAGGUGUACAUGAGGAUCCUUGAAGUUAAAGACUACUUUAAGUCUGUUUCUAUAUUUCAGUUGGCUUUUAUAAAAGCUCAAAAUGUAAAAUAUUUAUUGUAAGAAAACAUAAUAGUUCAUAUACUUAGAGUGUGUUUGGAUAGAAUACUAGAAUCAAUGUUACUAUGGUCUGAAAAUUUUAGUGUCUUUUGAGCUACGGGGCCCAACAGUUUGACUCCCUAAUCACUCCCCCUUGUCUUACUUUCAAAAAUAAAUGUUGGGCUUGUUUGUACAUUGUGUUAUACCAUGGUGUAAUUAGAAACAGACUCAAUAAGCUUCCAUGAAUCUUGGGCUCCCCUGUUCCUUCCUUCCGUUUCUGACUUUUUACACUUUCCUUCAACCCUCCUUCCCAUGCUUAAAUCUUGACAAACUGGUCAUUUUCAGUAAAACCAACUUCUGACCAUUGUUUCUGAGGCUGCUUGUUAAACUAACCAGAAUUUUUUUAUAUACCAAGAUCUCUGAUCUGGAUGAAAAAAGAAGCUGGGUUUUGGGGAAGUGGCACUAGAAACUACUAAAGGCAUCCUCCAAAUUGUGCCAGAGCUGGAGAGGCACACGCAAGCCCAAAACUCACAGUCUCUCCUUCCUGGUGUUGUGUGUCUUGUUAAACAAUAUAUGAAUAGCCUGUUUGAUGGGCCUUUUAGCAAAAGGUAAUAGCUUUAGCUUACAGAGAAAAUAGCUACACCAUUUAUUUUUUUAAUAAUCUUUCCGUUAUUUAUGAACUGUAUUUUUGUAAGUAAUUGUGCUAUUUAUCAAUAAUUUGUUCUUUGUAUGUGUUGAAAUAUAUUGUAUUCCAUAAUGGCUGAAACAAUAUUUUGAUAAAUAAAACUAUAUGAUUAAUGUGUA